AUGAACAAAAAUUGUUCUUUUCGGCAAAAACUUCGUAACCUGGCUGCCCGGAAACAGAGAGAAAGUUCGUCUGGGAAGCGUCCAUCAGACACUCGAGAUAACAACACACGGUGUGUGUCAAAUGCAAGUCAUCAGCCUUUUGCAUAUUAUUGGACGAUAAGGGGCUUUCACGAACUUGUUGCCUGUCAUCCUACAGGAUGCUUUAUGUACAGCGAGAGAUUUUGGUCACCCUCAACUCGAGAGCCAUUAGAGAAUCCUUCUUCACCAGCAGAGGAGAACACCUCGUAUUUGUGGCGGUUAAAAAUAUAUCCAAAGGGAGUAGACGAUAAAUCUAAGGAUCAUGUGGCCAUUUACCUAGAGGCAUUCCAAUCACCCUACGAAAAAAAGAAAAAUAUUAUAACUAGAAUUAAGACCUUCCGAUUCGCUUUCUAUCGUCUGGAUGCUAAUCCAAAUACAACCGCACUCCAGCCAUCAUUAAUCAUAUGUCGCCAUUUAUUAGAGACUACGUUUGAAUUCGGUACACAUAAUAGAGACUAUGGGUUUGCCAAGAUGAUUACGCUGAAAGAUCUCUGUCUUGGCGAUGACAACAGUAAACAAUUAGAUUUGAUGGUGCGUCUCGAGAUAUAUAAUGAUGCAUAUACUGGUGAAAGUUCAGAAGAGGAUGAUUCAGUCAAUUGCUCUUUGUUACCAUUCGAGAAAUAUUUUAAUGAUGAACAAUUUGCCGACGUUGAGCUAGUAUUCGAUUGUGGAUCGCGCAUCAAAGCUCAUCGAGUAGUGCUGGCAGCUCGAAGUGCGUAUUUUGAAAAGCUUCUUGGGGGUGAUUGGUUAGAAGGGCAAAUGAAGCAGAUUCAUAUAAAGGAUGUAUCGUAUGAGGCAUUCCAGUGUGUUCUAUAUCAUCUGUAUACAAGCAAGCUUCAAGACAAGUUGAGUAUAGACGUGUUGAAAGAUGUUUACUUACAGGCUGAUAUGUUGUGUUUAGAGCAAUUUGGGAAGGCGGUAGUUGACCGGCUUAUCAGUAUGAUCAAUGCUGACCUGUGGGAUCAAAUUCUAAUGUUUGGUUGGGAAGUUGGAGAUCACCAGGUGAAGACCGGCGCUUUAGAGUAUGUUGCCACUCACUGGUAUGAAGUAAAGGAGAGUGAAAAUAUGAAAAGGAUAUUGGAAAUGCGAAAUAUAGAUCUCAUUGAGGAGAUAAUGUCCUUUAGAUUUUUUGGAGUACAAAAGUAG